AUGCUGCCAUUGCCCAGAGGCCUAUCGGGUCUCUUGGGUGGAAAUGCCGCCCCCAAGUGGCAUCGACAUCAACAGCUGAGGAACUCAGUGUUUUUCGUCAUGUGUCUAUUUUUGCUAAGUGGCCAAUUUGCAGAUGCAAAGGAUCAACAACAACAGCCGGACAGAAAUUGCGGUGGCUUAGCCUGUGACUGUAAAGGUCUAAAGGGACGUCCCGGUGAUAUUGGUCUAAUGGGUUUCCAGGGCUAUGAGGGUCCAGCAGGUGAUAUUGGUCCACCCGGACCACCAGGUCGUCCCGGUGAAUGGGGUGAUGCUGGCGAAUAUGGUGAACAAGGUGAAAAGGGACAUCGUGGUGAUGCUGGUGAACCUGGUCUACCCGGUGCUCCUGGUGUUCGCGGCCCCCCUGGCGAAGACGGUCCCGAUGGUCCACGCGGUAUUGACGGCUGUGCCGGUGCCCCCGGCAAACACGGUGACAACGGUGUGCCCGGCCGACACGGUGUUCGCGGUGAAGUCGGUAAACCCGGCCCACCGGGUCCCCAAGGUGAUGCCGGCGAGGGUGGCAUCAACUCCAAAGGUACCAAAGGUAGCCGUGGUGAUCGCGGUAUCGAUGGCUAUGACGGCCAACCUGGCUUCCCCGGCAUGAAAGGUUACAAGGGUGAUAUCGGCUUCCCCGGUGCUGACGGACCCAAGGGUGAAAUGGGUCCCAAAGGUUACAAGGGUGAAAUGGCCGAAGAUGCCGACAUCUUCCUACAGUUACAGGGUGAACAAGGUGAAAAGGGUGAACCCGGUGAAUCGAUACUCUUCCCAUUCGGAAAGGGUGGCAUGGCAAAGAAGGGCGUUCAAGGCGAUAAAGGUCCAAAGGGUUAUAAGGGCAUUAAAGGCGGCCAAGGUGAACAAGGUGAUCGCGGUCGUACUGGUUUUCCCGGUGCUCGUGGUGACCACGGUGAACCCGGUGAACGUGGAAAACCUGGUAAAAUUGGUGAAAUUGGCUUCCCCGGCGCCAAAGGUGUAAAGGGUGCCCCUGGUUAUAACGGUCGUGACGGUGAAGACGGUUUGAAGGGUGAACUCGGUGACGAAGGUUACGACGGCAUUCCCGGUGUUCAAGGUCCACCCGGUCCUCCCGGCAUAUACGAUCCCAAUUUGGAUGAAUCGCUGCCAGGCCCCGUUGGCCCUCAGGGUGACAUUGGUCCUCCUGGUGAUCCAGGUCUACCCGGUAUUCCCGGUAAACAAGGUCGUCGUGGUCCACGUGGUAACACAGGUCCCCCUGGUGACCCCGGUUAUGAUGGUCUGCCUGGUCGUCGUGGUGUUAGCAUUAAGGGUGACGAAGGUGAUUACGGAUUCAUGGGACCUCCAGGCCCCAUGGGCCAACCCGGUCGUGCUGGUCCCGUUGGUCGUCCCGGUGCACGUGGUGCUGAUGGUCGCAAUAUAGUCGGUCCAAAAGGCUAUUCAGGUCAACCCGGUAUCCCUGGUCUGCCAGGACAUCGUGGCGAUCGUGGUGAAAUUGGUUUCCCUGGUGUCAAGGGUAUGCCCGGUCUUGGUGUAAACAUUGUUGGUCCCCCUGGUGCUAGCGGUCCUCCGGGUGUACGUGGUCCUCCUGGUAUUGAUGGUUUGCCCGGUUAUCGUGGACAAACUGGUGACAAGGGUAUCCGUGGUGAUGACUGUGGUAUCUGCCCUGCAGGACCUAAAGGCAUCCGUGGUAUUCGUGGUGAUGAUGGUUUUCCCGGUAUUCAUGGCAUAACUGGCCCACACGGCUUGCCCGGCGAGAGAGGUCCUAAGGGUCAACAAGGCAAACCUGGUCACAUGGGCUUCAAGGGUCAACCUGGACCUGACGGCAUUCCCGGCGAAAGCGGUCGUCCUGGUUUGCCCGGUCCUCCAGGUGAGGUACUGACAACUGGCUCCCUACGCAGUUUACCCGGCGACAUGGGUGACGCCGGCGAACGUGGCAGACAGGGUGAAACUGGUGAAAGUGGUCAAGACGGCGCACCUGGCGCGAUCGGCCAAAAGGGUGAAAGAGGUAUUCGCGGUGAUUAUGGUGAUGCCGGCCGAGCUGGUAGAGAUGGUGCUCCCGGUAGACGUGGCAAGGAUGGUCGCCCUGGCCGUGAUGCCAGCACUCCCAAGAUAUACUUGAUUGGUGAAAAGGGUUACGAUGGUCGCAAGGGUCAAGCUGGUGAGCCAGGUGAUAUGGGUCCCAAGGGUGAAAAGGGUCAACCUCAUCCAGGUGAGAUAUUCGACAACAGAGGCGAACCAGGUGAUGUAGGUGAACCCGGUCCACGUGGUCCCAUGGGCCCGAAAGGUGAACGAGGUACUGGUGGUGAUCAUGGUGAACGUGGUGACAUCGGUCUGCCAGGCGAACAGAUUCAAGGUCCCGUUGGUGCCAAGGGUUAUCCCGGUGUUACCGGCGAAGUUGGUCUGCAUGGUGCUCACGGCAUGCCAGGUUUAGAUGGCGCUCCUGGUUACGACGGUAUUGCUGGUGUCAAAGGUGUUCGUGGUGAUCCUGGUCCAUAUAUUCUACCUGGUGAAAUGGGUCCCGAUGGUCCUGAAGGUCCAAAGGGUAUGUUUGGUGAUGUCGGCUUCAGAGGCAGACCCGGUCCCACCGGCAGGCCCGGUAUCAAGGGUGUACGAGGCGAAAAGGGCGAUACUGGCCCCGAUGGUCUCCAAGGUUUGCCUGGCAACAAAGGUAUUCGUGGUGAUACGCUGGUCGGUCUUCCGGGUCCUGCUGGUGAACCGGGUAUAAAUGGUCGUAUUGCCCCACAUGGUCGUAAGGGACAAAAGGGUGAAACAGGUGUACCCGGUGUCCAGGGCGUACAAGGUGCCAAGGGCGAUAUCGGUUUCCCCGGCAGACGUGGUCCUCAUGGUGACAGAGGUUUACCCGGUCUCCCAGGUGUGGUUGGUAUGCAAGGUUUGGUGGGUAUCCCUGGCGAACAAGGUGAACGUGGUGAGUUGGGCGAGGAUGGUCGUCAUGGUGAUAUGGGUCCAAGAGGUUCUGUCGGUUCAAUGGGUCCCAAAGGUCAAAUGGGUGAUGUCGGUCCGUACGGCCGCAGAGGUAGUGAUGGUGUUCCUGGUCGCAAGGGUGUCGAAGGUGAUCGCGGUUAUCCCGGCAGAGUCGGUCCAAAAGGUUUUGCUUCCCGCAGUGGAAUCAAGGGUGAAUAUGGCGAGCCUGGUCAACGAGGACCUCGUGGCUAUGAUGGCGUACCUGGUGAAAAGGGUGUUCAAGGCGCUCCCGGUGAUGAAGCAUACGGCCAGGAUGGUAUGAUGGGCCGCAAGGGUGAAACUGGUGCCCCCGGUGUAGAUGGCAUGAACGGUUUGGACGGUCUUAAGGGUAUGCGAGGCGAAUACGGCAUCAUGGGUUUGAUUGGUGCUAUUGGUGAUCGUGGUGAUAAGGGUCAGCCUGGCUAUCCUGGUAGACCCGGUCUGCCCGGUAUCGAUGGACCUGCGGGUCCCAUGGGUCCUCAGGGUUAUCAAGGUGAAGUUGGUGAGCGUGGUGAUGAUGGUUAUGCCGGUUACGUAGGACAGGUGGGUGACCGCGGUGAUGCUGGCGAACCCGGUGCUUUUGGUCUCCAAGGUGAACAGGGUGAAGAAGGUUUCCCCGGCCGUCCAGGUGUUUUGUUAGCUGGUUAUGCACCAAAGGGUGACAAGGGUCAACCUGGCAUCAGAGGCCAACAGGGUCCCAUGGGCGAGACGGGUAUUGAAGGUGCCCCUGGUUAUCCCGGUCGCAAGGGUGAACGUGGCGACUUUGGAUAUGUUGGAGCUCCCGGUGCUGAGGGCUACCCUGGUGUGGAUGGCGAGCGCGGUGACAAGGGCUACCCCGGUCCUCCUGGUAUAACUCCUGACUAUGCCGAACCCGGUGAUGAAGGUGAUGUUGGUUAUGAUGGUUUGCCCGGUCGUCCCGGCCGCGUCGGUCCUAAAGGUGCUCCCGGUGACAUGGGAGAAUACGGUCUCAAUGGUAUCCAGGGUGAAACGGGCAUGAGCAUUAUGGGCCCCAAGGGUCUCCAAGGUGACGUUGGCUAUCCUGGUCCCAAUGGACACAAUGGCAUGCACGGCAUGGUAGGCUUCAAGGGUGAGCGCGGUGAUGUUGGUCCUCAGGGUAUGCGCGGCGAACCGGGUUAUGUUAUUCCUGGAAUACGCGGUGAUCGUGGUGACAUUGGACCUCAAGGUGCUCCUGGACCACAAGGUUAUAAGGGUGAAAUGGGUAUGCAUGGCAGACCUGGUCGCACCGGUCCCAUGGGCCCCCGAGGUCCACGUGGUCCCAUUGGUGAUGCUGGUUUCGAUGGUCGCAAUGGCUUGGACGGUUUGCCCGGACGUCGUGGUGAACCCGGUGUAACAUUCCCCUUCCAUAUGGCACGCAAGGGCGAACGUGGUGAACCCGGCAUUGACGGCUUCAAGGGUGAAAUGGGCGAUAUGGGCGAAGAAGGUGAAAUGGGCUAUCAAGGUGCUGUCGGCCUCAAGGGUUACCAGGGUGAACGUGGUCUGACAGGUCAAGUUGGUCUGGAUGGUCCCAAGGGUGAGUUGGGUAUGCAAGGUCCACCCGGCCGUGCCGGCUAUGCUGGUUUGGCUGGUCCCAAGGGUCCCGUUGGUGAUCCCGCACCACCACCACCACGUGCCAAGAGUCGCGGUUUUGUCUUUGCUCGUCACUCACAAUCGGUCAUUGUUCCCGAGUGUCCGGCAAAUACUAACCUUCUGUGGGUUGGUUAUUCACUGGCCGGUAAUAUUGGUAAUUCUCGUGCGGUUAGUCAAGAUUUGGGACGUUCCGGAUCGUGUUUGCAGCGAUUCAGCACAAUGCCAUAUAUGACAUGUGACGGCAGUGUUUGUAAUUAUGGACAGACCAACGAUGACAGUAUGUGGUUGGCCACCGAUGAACCGAUGAAUUUCGCCAUGGUUCCCAUACAGGCUAAUGUUAUUCAGAAAUAUAUUUCACGUUGUGCUGUUUGUGAAACUACCACCAAGGUUAUUGCUUUACACAGUCAAAGCAUGAUUAUUCCCGACUGUCCCAAUGGCUGGGAAGAAAUGUGGACUGGCUACAGUUACUUUAUGACAACUACCGAUAACACUGGCGGUUUGGGUCAAAAUCUUGUCUCGCCCGGUUCCUGUUUGGAAGAAUUCCGUGCCCAACCAAUUAUUGAAUGUCACGGCCAAGGUAAAUGUAACUUGUACGAUCCGGUCACCUCAUUCUGGUUGGCUGUUAUCGAGGAACACGAACAAUGGCAGAUGCCCGUUCAACAGACCCUUAAGAAGGAUCAGACCAGUAAGAUUAGCAGAUGUUCUGUUUGUCGUCGCCGCAGUGACUCCUUCGUUUCUCGUCUCGAAACAUUCGAUUCGUCGGCCCGUGAAUUGAGACGCGGCAAUGAAUAUGUGGUGCCAGCUCCACCCCAGCCCACAUAUCAACGCCGACCCAAUCCCAACUAUCAGAGACGAACUGGUUCCUAUCCAGGUCGUAACUACCGUGGUCGUUAUCCCCGAGCCGAUACAACAGCUCCCUAGAUAUUAGAGUAAAAAA